AUCAUUUGUAAAAGCAGUAGCGAAUCAAAAUCCAAAACGGCACUAUUUAGCUUCAAACCCUAUCUCUCUCCGCUUUUCUCCAAUUCAGAGAAUGCCAGACAUGCUUGACCACAACGGCGCUCCCAUCAGUUCAGUAAACGCCACCCCCAGCCGCGUGGCCACCAUAAGCGUGGUGGAUCACUGUCUCCCUUAUGAAACCCACAACCUAUACGAUGUUACUUUCCACACUCACACCAUCCACACCCUCCUCACCUCCGAUCCCUCCCUCGUUCAUUCUUGGAUCUCCACCAACGUCCGCAGCCAUCAAACUGGGCUCAUGGUGGGCCUGGACAUCGAGUGGCGGCCCAACACGCAGCGCAACAUGCAGAAUCCUGUCGCCACACUCCAACUAUGUCUUGGUCAACACUGCCUCGUCUUCCAGAUCCUUCACUCCCCUUCAAUUCCUCCUUCGCUAGUUUCCUUCCUUGCUGAUUCCAAUGUCACAUUCUUUGGUGUUGGGAUAGAAGAAGACGCUGAGAAGCUUCUAGAAGAUUACAAUCUCCAUGUUGUUAAUAUUCGCGACCUUCGUUCUUUUGCGGCAGAGAAGCUUCGUGACAGGGAAUUGAACCGAGCCGGGAUUAAAUCGUUGGGCCUCCGCGUGCUGGGUUUGGAGUUUGAGAAGCCCAAACGAAUCUCGAGGAGUAGGUGGGACAAUCCCUGGCUCACUCCACAGCAGGUUCAGUACGCGACUGUCGAUGCUUUUCUCUCUUACGAGAUUGGACGCAGAUUGAGUGUUGCCUUUUGCAGGUACCCUCCCACUUAGUAACCAAUUCUGAGUACUCACUGAUUUGAGCGUUAGAGUGUCUUUUGCAAGUACUCUCCCACUUGGUUCGGAUUGAAAGAAUUUGAAGUAAGAGGUUUAGAGGUUAGAAGGUAAGGAAGAAGAC